GAGGCGUUGGACUAGAGCAACCGGAGACACAUACAUAUGCAAGGAGGUGGCAGAUGCACGGCGGCAAGACACCUGGCUCGUGCGUAAUAUGGAUACUGCUGCUCCGGCCUCUUGAGGGACCGCUAUCACUACUGCUCCACCACUGAAGAAGAAGAAGAAGUAGAGGUAGAAGAAGAAGAAGAAGAAGAAGACACUGACCUGCUCCGUGGAUUUACAUCCCAAAACAAUCCAAAGUGUGACAUUUACACUUUGCUCCGGGUCGUUUUGAGUGUCCACACGCUGCACAACAGAAGCUCAGUGCCCUCCCUGCAGUCGAAGAUGACAGAGAGGAUCCCGUGGUGGAAGGCCUUCCUGCCUAAGAAGAAGAGCGGAGGCUCCAAGGAGACCAGUUCAUCCAUCACCUUCGACGUGGACUUUGACCCUUUUGCAGAGAGGCAAAAAGACCAGAGCGGCAGCGACCUGUCCCCGUCUUCUCAAGAGUCCAGCAAUAGCUCCAGGGAUGACACCUACGACGACUCCCGCCUGGAGUCCGUCUUCAACGAGCAGACGUGUCGCAGGAACAUGAAGGUGUCACGCUCGGGGCGAUUCAAGGAGAAGCGGAGGGUGCGCUCCACCCUUCCUUUGCAGGACAAAGAGACAGAGACGGUGGCUUCAGGGAGGGAGGACAUGCGGUGAUGGUGAGGAGGAGUAGGCGAUCAAAGACGGCUCGGUCUUGAAAGGUGUUUGAGGAAAAAGAAGAGGGAUUUGAGCUCAUGAAGAUGCUUCGUUCUCUUGAGAGAGACCAAGAGGUCUGCUGUGUGUCGGUUGAGGUGGUGAUGAUGAAGAGGAGAAGGAGCGUUCUACUUUUAGCCCAAUGUUGGAAAUUUGGACAUUUUUGUUGAUGGACUUUUGCCAGAAGGCCGCAGACACAAUGAUAAAUGAUCGGAAAUGGAUUCUAUUUUUUUGCAGGAUGGUUAUCGAACCAUUUUACCAACAAUAUCCCAUAAUCAAAGCUCAAAGAGAUAUACUACUAUUGCUGUAAACACAUAAUAGCCCAAUAUUUAGCGAAUGUCUUUUUGUCCUUGUUUCAGUCAUGGACUGUGGCAUCAAUGGACAACUCCUAAAAUGACCCACAACCUUUUAAAGAAAACACAGCCCUCGAAUGCAAUUUGUGUGUGUGAUAUGCUUCUGGAAAACAUUGUCUAUAAGAUGUGUACAUUAUUUCUAUAAUAAUAAUAAUAUAUGUUUGAUAUUGAAGGAUAUGUAUAAUGCUCAUUAUACAAAACAAUGUUGAUUCUAAAGGGUUAGAAGGAUAUUUAUGAAGGUGUGAAAUGAUUAGUUAUGUGUGAAAUCGGUUAGCGGAAGAAAUUAAAUGACGCUUGUGAGCAGCUUUUAGUCAGAUGCACAACAUAAUGCAUAAACUACUUUGAAUGAAGGAUGAAAUCCAACAUGUUUUAUGACAUCUGGGUCCAGCUGAAGUAAGAAGCUCUGUGAUAUCCAGCUGAGAUAUGGCCAUGAGGCUAAAGAAGUAUGAUUCUGAUGUAGUUUUCUUUGCAGGACUGACUGCUGUAUUUCAGACCACCUGUGAAUACUGAAAUGAAGGAAACAUAUGAUAAAUAAAGAUGAUAACUGCA